AUGGGAUCCAACUGGCGGCCAAAAGUCCUACUGCUAGGCAAAAUCGAACAUGCGCAUAAUGCGUGGAAUGCGCUCUCGGAUGUCGCAGAUCUGAUAGAGCCUCAAUCCACGAAUCGACAGGACUUCGUUGAGGAGUGUCGCAGUGGCCGCCUCGAUGGAGUUGUAGUGGCAUAUCGAACAUUUGAGUCCGUGAGCAUUACAGGCAUAAUCGACGAUGCCUUGGUAAAUGCACUUCCAAAGUCCAUGAGAUUUCUUGCGCACUGUGGCUCGGGAUAUGACCAGGUCAACGUUCAAGCAUGCAGUGCGCGGUCGCCCCCGCUCAUGGUAUCGAACGUUCCGACCGCCGUGGAUGACGCCACCGCUGAUGUGAACAUGUUUCUAAUCAUCGGCGCACUACGAAAUUUCAACACAGGUAUGCAAGCCUUGCGAGAGGGAAAAUGGAAAGGCAAGCCGCUCCCAGUCUUGGGCCAUGACCCACAGGGCAAAACGCUGGGCAUCCUUGGUAUGGGCGGCAUUGGACGAAAUCUAAAGAGAAAGGCAGAAGUGUUCGGGAUGAAUGUUAUCUAUCAUAACCGUAGACAGCUGACCGAGGAGCUUGCUGAUGGCGCCCAAUAUGUUACAUUCGACGAACUACUCUCACAGAGUGACGUAUUGAGCCUGAACUUGCCCUUGAAUAACAACACUCGCCAUAUCAUCAGCACGGCCGAGUUUGCGAAAAUGAAGGAUGGCGUCGUCGUUAUCAAUACUGCGCGUGGUGCUGUCAUGGACGAAGAAGCGCUAGUUCAAGCACUCGACACUGGCAAGGUAUUCUCGGCAGGGCUUGACGUUUUCGAAGCGGAGCCGGAAGUGCACCCCGGGCUCCUACGCAACCCCAAUGUCAUGCUGGUCCCACACAUGGGCACUUGGACAGUGGAAACACAAACAGCAAUGGAAGAAUGGGCUAUCGGGAACAUCCGACACGUGUUUGACACGGGUCGUUUGAAAUCUCCCGUUCCUGAGCAAGCUGGGCUCCAAAUUUAA